GCAACUAUUAGAAACCAUAAAAAAGGAUUCCCCUGAAAUGAGCAACAUAAAGUAUCACAGCAAUUACAAAUGUAUCAAAAACUGAAAAAGCUUCUAUAAAAGCUCCAAAUAAAUGAGAGUCUCAACAGUUCACAUCAGUAUUAGUGCAGGAUCAAGUAAAACAAAAGAAAAAGAUCUCUCAUUUAUUCCACAACAGAUUAUAUUCAUCCACACACUCAUAAAUGCACGAACAAACACAAACAGCAGCAGGUAGCAUGAAAUAUGCAGCAUAUCUCACAAAACAAAAUUGUUAUCACUGCUACACAUAGUAAAUUAACAAAAUUGAGCGAGUGCACAUUCACAACUACAAGCAGACUCAAUCAAGAGCUUACGGAGAAAAAAAAAUAAAUUUUGUUACAAUUUCUUAAUCAAUUGACGUUUAACUGUCGUGCUGAGCAGAUCGUUACUAGUUUUUCGGUUAGAAUAAAGUCAAGGAAAAAUUAAUCAAAAAGAAAAUUUAAUUGAAAAAUGUGACUUUGAGGCGCGUCCAAUAAUUAUUCUUAAUCGAAAUAGAGCAACAAGUGUCAAAUGUGAACCUGUCGUGGGACUGUAAAUAAGUUUAAAAAAAUAUUUUUGUGAUAAGCCUUCAUUUGAUAAGAAAUAAAAAGUAUUUACACUAAAAAAUAGACACAGUCGGUUUAAGCUUAAAGUAAAUAAGAAAUUCUCAUCAUCUUUUCGUCAGUUCUGUUCGUUGUGAUGAACUCAUUUUGGGUCUCAUACAUGUGAAUAUCAUAAAAGGCACUUAAAUUGAUCCAAUUAAUUAACGAGUUGCUGUAAAAUAUUUCAAUCACUGGAAUAGACGUGAUCGAUUAAUUCUUACAAAAAUAAGUAUUACUUUUCAGAUAAAUCAUGAAUCGCUUUAUAAGUUGGAUAACAUUUUCCCUCCUAAUCAUCAACAUAAAUAACAUAGAUGCAUUCGCGAGAGAUCCAAGUAAGUCAGUUGGAUGUGAACUAGAAAGAGUCAACAGAAUGGUCGGCUAUGUCUGCACAAAUUUAAAUCUUGACAAAAUUCCCAAGAAUUUGAAGUCAUCAACAGAAGUUCUUGACAUUUCACACAAUCACAUCAAAAACCUCUAUAGGACAUCAUUUGAACCUUAUUUAGACCUUAGAUUCCUUUAUCUACAAGAAAAUCGAAUUAGGGACAUUGAGGAUGAAACAUUUGCAAAAUUAGAAGAUUUAGAAGCUAUAAAUCUUUCUGGAAAUGGGCUAAUUCACAUUCCACCUGAAAUAUUCACGCUUCCACGAUUGAGGAACGUUUACCUUGCUGACAAUUCAUUCAGAUCAUUUGAAAACAUUCAAAGUCCAAUCAUUGCUCCUUUGCAGAAGCUAGACUUGUCAAGAAACAACAUGGACAAGAUACCUAAAGAGCUUGGCAUUCUACCAAAUCUAGUGUUUUUAAAUAUUUCAUCAAAUCCAUUGAGAGACUUAACGCCACAGCAGUUCUCACCAUUUUGUCAUUUAAAUGAAGUCAACAUUACAGACUCAAGGUUGAAGAAUAUGAAAUGUGAUUGUGAGAAAGUUACAAGAUUUUUGGUGCGAAAGAGGGAUAUUGAAAUUUUUUCAUUCUACUGCGAUGGAAACUCAGCUGAAUGCAGAUUCGACAACUCAUCAUUUAUAGAAACAGACGAUUAUGAAAAAUGCAUGAGCAUUAGACGAGAAGUGAUUGAACAUGAAACAGCAAAAGUAACAUGGAGCAUCAUUGGAUUUUCAGUAUUAGGAUUCUUAAUAAUAUUCAUUGGAUGUCUAUACUGCAUACAUCGUAGGAAUGUCAAUCAAAUGAGGAAAAAAAUCAUGAUUAAUAAUGCAUCAGUCAAACCUAAAAUGACAGAAGCUAGCAACAGAGAUCCUGUUUCAGACGAAUCAAUAACUGGAAGUCCUGAAAAAUUACUUAUUAAGCGAUCAGAUGUGUAGGACAUAGCUUUUAGCAUUAAAAAUUUAUUACAUAAGCCAAAGAAAUCUCGUGGACAA